AGUAUGGCGGCGCCGGGGGCUCUGAGGGGCUGGUGGAGGUUGGCGUUGGGCGGCCGGAUGAGGAGCUGGUGUCCCGCUCCGCUGCGCCGAGGACGAGCGCUGCCGAGGCCCCCGCCGCGCCCCGCCUGUGCGGUUAGCCGCCCGCUGCGGUGGGCAUCGUCCUUCUCCCAGCCGGGCCCGACGGAGAGCGACCCCAGCGAGGGACAGGUCUUCCUCAGCGAGAGCUGCGUGAAGAGGCUGCUGGAGAUUACAGAAGGCUCAGAGUUUCUCAGGCUGCAGGUGGAAGGAGGUGGCUGCUCUGGAUUCCAGUACAAGUUUUCCUUGGACACAGUUAUCAAUCCUGAUGACAGGGUGUUUGAACAAGGUGGUGCCCGUGUGGUCGUGGAUGUGGACAGCCUGGCCUUUGUCAAAGGUUCCAUGGUGGACUUCAGCCAGGAGCUGAUUCGCAGCUCCUUCCAGGUGGUAAGCAACCCCCAGGCAGAGAAGGGUUGCUCAUGUGGGACUUCCUUCUCUGUCAAAUUCUGACUGGACUUCCCAUGGAUGGACACUGUCUGCAGAGACUUCCUGGCAGUCUUCAGAGGGUUUUUGCUUGUUGUUUUCCCAGCUGCUCCCUCUCAUCUCCCUUAUCCUGUAACACAGCUGUUACAUAUGACUCCAGCUGUGUGUGUGUCUGCACUGAGCCUAUCUGAAAGACUUGUUGGCCUUCCCUUCACAAACACGAAGUAGCUGUGAGCACGCACACGGGAGCAUCCUCAGCGCCUUGUGAACCACUGGCCAGGUGGUGCUGACUUGCCUACCCUGUCCUGAAUGUGGAAGCACUUAACUGCUUGUCUCUGCAAGAGAAGGCUGAAUAUAUGUGUGUGUGUUUAUUGAAAGUUCCUACUAAAAGAAAGUCUUUGA